CAGCCAACAUUGCGCACCGCAACGGCAACAGGACAAGUAAUCGAAAGUGAUUGCAAAGCGUUUAUGCAAACUUUCACUCGCUAGAUAGUUCAACACACGGUUGGUGGUAGGUGCUACGAAGGAAAAGCGGCAGUGCGAAAAAACGAAAAACAUUAAAAAUAGCAAUUAAUAAUAUUUUGUGAGUUUUACUUAAAAAUCGUGAAGGAAAGUAGUUACACAGCAGUAGCAUCAUGUUGCUUAAGGCAAGCCAAAACGGGCCACAAAUUGUAGGCUGUCUGCUAUUAUUUGUUUUAGUUUCGCUUUGUGAUGGCUUGCAGCUAGGCGCUUUUACCACCAAAACGCCCAGGGUUACCAAGUACACGACGAAGCCAGCGUCGUCCUCUUCAAUGAAUCACGAUGCGACAACCUCGAUUUAUCGUCUCAAUGCCACAAAUGGCAUCACCUGCAUUUUAGUUAGUGUGGAUGGCCUCAUCAGUAUUAAAUAUCGCAAUAAGUUGAACGAGGAUGUUGAAGCUGAUCUCUAUCUACCCGAUGAUCCAAAGCUCACGGGCGAAUGUGUGGAAUCCAAUAUGGAAAUAUUGAGAUUAGAUUUCAAAGGAUUCGCCUUGACAAUGACAUUCCGCAAGUCAUCUGGUGGCGAAGGCUGGUACAUAAAUCAAUUCGAACUCACUUAUUCCUCAUCGAAUGCACUAUUCGAACAUCCCGAUCGCCCAAAUCUGGAUGUGAAACUUACUUCGCCGGCGCACACGCCAAUGUACUUCCCAACGCCCGUCGGCAAGUCAUACGUUUGUGACAAGGAGCAAAGCGUCGUCUUGUAUGCACCCAUUGAUUCCGGCGACAUGUCGGGGCACAUUGCACGCCUCUAUCUGCGCGAUCUGCACAUGCAAAGCUUCAUGUUUAAGGAAAGCGGCAAAUGGGGCCCACCGUUCCAUUGCAGCGCUACGGGCUCAUAUCGCGAUGAGACGGCACCUCUAGCAGUGGGCACCGCCUUGGCGAUAGCGGUACUAAUAACAAUAUCCGGUUACGGGGGUUGGCGCUACUUCAAAAUCAAGAAAGUGCAAUAUGGUUCUAUGGAGUAAGUGGUAUUUGGAGAGAAAAUGUUACUUGCUUACAAUGCGCUCGUUGGCUUAGUGAAUUCGUGAAAGUUAAUUCGGUUCUUUUCAACAUGCCGCCUUACAAAAGUUUACGUAACAUAAAGUAAAAUGUUUCGCUGGUGAAAAAACGCUGUACAUAUCUGGUUAAUAUGCGUUAUAUAACUGUAAAAUAUGUAAUUUUCAAUUUCAAUGUCUAAGGAAAUUGAUGCGUGUAUGCAAAUACCAAAACGGAAAGGCAAUGGCGCAUGUCAUGUAGCAAGUAAGUAAUGAACAUUUAAACGCGAUUAAAUUAGGAGAAUUGCAAAAAGUCUUCCAUUAUUGUUAAAUAAACACAAAAUACAAAAAUAAUGUUAAAAAAGCAACAACAAAAAAUUUGAAAGUAUAGUAAAAUGAAUGCGCACUACAAGAAGCAUAUCACUGCAUAUAUAUGACAGUUAUAACUAGAUUAGUAUAUAUAUAUACAUAUGUAUACAGCUGUGCUCAUGAAAAUAGUCGUGCUGUUGGGUUUUGACUAGAAAAAAAACGAAAAAUCGAGUCAAAUAUACAAACUACGAAUCCAAUAAGAUUUGAAAGUAAUUUUUACCUUUUUUAAAACUUUUUUGUAUUUAAAUAUUU